AUGAAGAGUCAAGAACCUCGUUCAAGAUCCUCUUGUGCAGCCUGCAAGGCCUUAAAGAGAAGAUGCACCCCGAAUUGCCAAUUUGCUCCUUAUUUUCGAAAGGAUGAGCCAAAGAAGUUUGCCAAAGUACACAAGGUGUUUGGAGCCAGCAACAUUAGCAAGAUCCUUAAUGAAGUGGCAGACGAGCAACGUGAGGAUACGGUGAAUUCGCUUGUUUACGAGGCUGAGGUAAGGCUGAGAGAUCCCAUUUAUGGUUGCAUUGGGGCUAUAGCUUCUCUGGAGAAGAAGAUGGUUGAAUUAGAGCAUGAUCUGAUUCUUGCUCGUGCUCGCCUUGCAUUCUGUGUUAAUCAGCGCACUUCAUUUUUGAAUGAGCAUGAGAAUAUGGCCCCUUGGAUUCAUGAUAAUCCUGUUAGUGGUAUGGUGGAGACCUUCAACCAGAAUUCAUUUUCCUUCAAUCAAUUUGGCCAUCUUCCAUUUCUUUAA